UACUAAAAUGGAGGCCUUUAAUACUUUAGUGUUGAUUUUUCUUUGUAUGAAUAUUAUUAUUAAUAACAAUGUGAGACGUUGUGUUGGUUUUACUUCCUUUGUUUUUGGGGACUCACUUGUUGAUGCUGGGAACAAUGAUUACCUUUUUACCCUUUCGAAGGCCAAUUCACCACCGUACGGCAUCGACUUUAAGCCAUCUGGGGGAAGACCCACCGGAAGAUUCACCAAUGGUCGAACCAUAUCGGACAUUGUAGGUCAAGUUCUUGGAGCUAAGACCUUUCCUCCACCCUACCUAGCUCCAAAUUCUCAAGAUGAAGCUGUUCACAGGGGAAUAAAUUAUGCAUCUGGAGCCUCAGGAAUACUAGACGAGACUGGAAAAAUAUUUAUUGGAAGAGUCCCAUUGCGUGAACAAGUGAACUAUUUUGAGCAAACUAGGGUGCAUAUGGUGAAUACAAUGGGAGACAAUCGUACCAACGAUUUAUUGAAAAAGGCAAUCUUUUCACUAACAAUUGGGUCCAAUGAUAUACUCAACUAUUUCCAGCCAUCAAUACCAUUUUUUAGUCAUGAUGAGAUCACACCAGUGAUGUUCCAAGAUUUCAUGGUAUCUAACUUGAGUGUACAAUUAAAGCGACUACACGAGUUGGGAGCUAGAAAAUUUAUAGUAGUUGGGGUUGGACCACUAGGAUGUAUACCAUUUACUCGAGCCCUCAAUUUAUUGCCAAGUGGAAAAUGCUCGGAAGAAGUGAAUGAAUUGAUUCGAGGGUACAACCACAAACUAAAUGGGCUACUUGAACAUUUCAACAAGGAGUUGGGUCCCCAAACCAUCUUUGUGUAUGCAAAUUCCUAUGACAUUUUUCUCAACAUUAUUCACAAUCAUCUCCAAUACGGAUUUGAGAACACAAAUGAACCAUGUUGUGGGGGUUAUUUUCCACCAUUCGUUUGCUUCAUGAAAGGAGAAAAAGAUGGAAAGAUGAACAGGUCAGUCUCAGUGAUGUGCGAUGAUCGAUCAAAGUAUGUGUUUUGGGAUGCUUAUCAUCCGACAGAGGCUGCAAACCUUGUUAUUGCUAAUCAAUUAGUCGAUGGAGAUAACACAACCACCUUUCCCAUCAAUAUUCGCCACCUUUAUAAUCACAACUGACUAAUUCUUCUCAUAUGAAAUACUACUAA